GUAUUACAAGGUUAUAUUCACGGAAUUAAAUUAGUCUUAACAAAUGGACCCUUGUUAAGCUGCUAAUUUCCAGUGAUAUUUACUUAAACUUGGUGUAUGCAAAAUAUUCUGAAAUCUUUGCCUUUAAUUUUCUUCCUUUCCAGGCUAGCUCCAGUAUAAUAUCAAUGGCGGCGUUGGUUGGAAUUAUCUCUGAUCGUUAGAGAAGCUGAAUAAGGUUAAAGCUAUGGGAGAUCCUUUUGGUGACGAGUUCACGACUCAGUACAAGGCUAUCUUCGACGAGCAUCUUAUGCUUUUAAACAAGUCCCGUGACAUGCAACUAGAGCUUGAGAAGAAGCAUAAGAAUGACAAGAAAUCCAGGAGAUUCGCGGCUGCACUUUUCUCUGUUCUCGCCAUAUGGAUUUAUCUUGGAGCAGUCUCACUUGUGGUAGCAGCUAAGGUUGUGAUUGGAGUGGCAACACCGAGUAUUAGACCUUUAUGGAAAUGGGUCACUGAGAUGCUCGAGGACUCUGAGAUUGCUUACAAGAAACUUACUGGUUUGUUUCAAUCGAUGGAUAAAAAUGCAAAACUCAACAUCGAAUCGGCAAAGACGAUAAAGAGCCUAGUUGAGACGUUAAUAACAAGGAUCAAGCCGAUCUUGGAGACUGUAGAUGAUGCUGUGGAGCAAAGAGAAGAGGAGACCGUGAAACUUGUGAUGCAAGAAAUCAUUAAGGAUGUUGAAGGUUUUGCUGACAAAAUCGAGGAAGUUGGUACAAAUGUGGCUAGGUGUAGCAAAGUGGUCGCUGAGGGAAGAGUUGAUGUUCUGGAACACAUAAGCAAUUUAGCUUAAUUGAAAGGAAAGUGGUAACUAUCAAUGUACUAUGUGGUAAUACUUUUAUAUUCAUGUUUGUUGUGUGCAAGACCCAUAUUUUGAAUGUUUGAAUAAUGAGUUACUUUGUACUUGUAUGAUCAUUGCAUUGUAUCCAAAUCUCAUUUAUUA